GAAACAAUGGCCCAAAUAAUACGUUCCGCCAUGUUAAGAAAGAACUGUACAUCAAAUAAAUUAAGGUAAAUGACUAUACAUUUAGUCCAAUAAUUGGAUUUUAGGAGAACACUAAUAAAAGAUGAGGUAGAUGAUUUAACCAAAAGAGAAACCUUUGGAACUUCCGGUUUGCUGUCACUCUGAGACGGAAUUCGCCCUCCGUACACAGCAUAAUGACGUUAUAGACUCGCUUCAGUCAGUUCGGUUAGGACAAAACAGAAAACAAACUACUGAUGAGGGACCAAAAAGAACUGCAGCUACACAGAUUUUCAGUGAUUUGACACACAGCUGGAGAGUGCUGAAAAAUGAAUGGAAUGGACACUGAGCAAACAGAGGAAACUGAUACAAGACUGCAUAACCAACAGAAAGAGAGUGAGAAAGAUACAUUUGGAGUUAGUGGUCAGUCUGAUGCAGAACAAGAAGACAAUGAUGCACUAGAUAGAAAACGCAUCCAAGACAAGAAUGAAAACCAGGAAAUGCCACAUGCUGGGGAUGGCCCGAGAUCGAGAAAUUUCACUGAGCAAACAGAGGAAACUGAUACAAGACUGCAUAACCAACAGAAAGAGAGUGAGAAAGAUACAUUUGGAGUUAGUGGUCAGUCUGAUGCAGAACAAGAAGACAAUGACGCACUAGAUAGAAAGCGCAUUCAAGACAAGAAUGAAAACCAGGAAAUGCCACAUGCUGGGGAUGGCCUGAGAUCGAGAAAAUUCAACAACAAACAGAAAAUAGGUGGAGAUGCAGACAGUGGUAAUUCUGAAGAACGACAAUGUAACUCAGAUGCUGGACCAGACACUGAGCAAACAGAGGACACUGAUACAAGACUGCAUAACCAACAGAAAGCGAGUGAGAAAGAUACAUUUGGAGUUAGUAGUCAGUCUGAUGCAGAACAAGAAGACGAUGAGACACUAGAUCUAAAGCACAUCCAAGACAAGAAUGAAAACCAGGAAGUACCAUAUGCUGGGGAUGGCCCCAGACUAAGGACAUCCAACAAGAAAGAGAAAACAGGACUGGACACUGAUACAGGACUGCAUAACCAACAGAGAGAAAGUGAACGAGAAGACCAUGACACUUCAGACGGAAAUCGCAUCAAAGGCAAGAAUGAAAACCAGGAAAUGCCACAUGCUGGGGAUGGCCCAAGACAGAGGAAAAAUAAACAGAAAACAGCCCACCUGGACAAAGGUGACAUUUUUGACCAUGCUGAAACAAGCAGCCCUGAUGUCAUCGAAACCUGCAGUAUUAAUUAUCUUGGUGUGGUCUCAUAUGGAUUUUGCAUAUUACUUGCGAUAUACCUUCUUCUGGUUGUGGUUCCCUGGUUUACAUCAUCUCCACACCCACAACAACAGUUAAACUUGCUGGAGGUGUUUUGUCAAGAACUGAACAAGGUCCAAGCCAGUUUUCCCAGUCAGCGCCGUGAACUGUGGAGGAGAAGCAAAAUCCACCUCCAGAAACAUCUGAAUCUGACUAAUCCAACUGAACCAGUGAGUCUCAUCCUAACUUCUGGUCAUGGGGCUGAAAAGACUCUGCAAUGUCUGGCUCAACAGUUAGCUGCAGCAUUUUCUAACACUCUCAACUCCUCUGUAAUAAAUAUUGAUGGAAGCAGCAAAAGAGACCAAGACAGCGACCAGGUUAAAAUGGACAUUGAUACAACACUGAAGAAUGCCUUUGCGGGCGGCAAACAAGCGGCUGUUAUUCACCGUUUUGAAGAGCUUCCUCCUGGAUCUACUCUCAUCUUCUACCGCUACUGUGACCAUGAGAAUUCUGCCUUUAAGAAAGUCUUUUUGGCUUUCACUGUCAUGUUACAGGAAGAGAUGGAUUUCCCACCAAAUGUCAGUCUGGGAAUGGUGGAGGAGGCAGUUCAAGAGUAUUUAAAAGAGAAGUUUGUCUCCUCAGACAGGACGGCUAAGUUUAACCAGAUGGAUUUAGACAAGCUAAGUGGGCUGUGGAGUAGAAUCUCCCAUCUCAUCCUACCAGUAGCUGCAGAGCAGAAGAUUGAACAACACGGCUGUGGAGAGGAUGGGUCCUUAUAACUGAGGGUUUUCAAACAUUCGUAUUGUUCUACUAGAUGGUAAUAAUUCUAUUUGUGCAGCUAAAUGGCUGGGAAUAUGUUCCCUUAGCAAGAUUGUUCUUGACCUCUGGAACAUGCCUAACAACAACAUACCUAAUCAAAACUAAUUCUGUGAGGUUACCAUUGAAAGUAGUUUAUAUGUAAAAUAUGUGUGGUUUUUGUUUCAUGUUUUUGUUUUUUUGUAAAUUUGAUUUCUUCAGACUUAUGCAAUGAGAUCUUUAGAAGCAGAUGCACUUAAUGUCAUGGCACCAGUGUUGGAAUUAAUGCCAUGGAAAAAAUGCUUUAACAUACAGUGUAUAUGUGUAAAUAGUUUGUUGUGCAGUUUUCCCCUAGUGUAAACCAAUGUAAACAUUCCUUCUUUAUUCAGCUUUAGUUCUCAUUUGUUUGGUGUUUCUCUGAUUUACUCUUUUUAAUACAGCUAGAGGCAUCAGGGAUAUCUACAAGACUCAAUUUCAACUAAAGUGCAGGUGUAAUAUUCAGCUUCUUUGGACCAGUUCAUUAAUUGACUGAAUUUAUAUUUUGAAUUAAUUUUCAUAUGGUAAAUAUUAGUGAAUUUAGCACAAACUUUGUUCUGGCAUUAUAUUCUGCACUUCACAAAAUGUAUGAUUAAAACUGAAAAUAUCUUUUAUAUGCUUA